CUCGGGACUGUCCAUAAUUUUAAAGGGUGCCUUAGGACUGUCCAUAUUUUAAAGGGUGCCUCGGGACUGUCCAUCAUUUUAAAGGGUGCCUCGGGACUGUCCAUCAUUUUAAAGGGUUUCUCGGGACUGUCCAUCAUUUUAAAGGGUGCCUCAGGACUAUCCAUAAUUUUAAAGGGUGCCUCGGGACUGUCCAUUAUUUUAAAAGGUGUCUCGGGACUGUCCAUAAUUUUAAAGAGUGCCUCGGGACUGUCCAUUAUUUUAAAGGGU